AAGUGCUGACGCAGAAUAGCGGAAGCCCAUUUGAUCGCAGUAUUUAGCUUUUGUAACACAUGAAAGAUGGAAACCUUCGAUCUAAGUGAAAUAUGUUACUGGUUUUGUGAUGCACGACUGUGGAAGAAGAGAUUUUUUUGGUGUCAAAACAGCCUGAAAAAUAGUAUUUAUCCGGCUACUUUAGAGAGUCUAUGGGUCGCUGUAGUUUUAAUAACGGCGAUACACUUUGCUGGUUACAAAGUCCCGUAUGACCUCGUUGGGAAAGUUUCAUCAUAUAUUUCUGGGUCUUCGAUACUUGCACACCUGGUAGGCUCCUUCGUGGUUGCGCUGUUUCUAUGGCUGGCAGUCGUAUAUGCGAUUAGGAAUACGUUAAAACUGUUAUUCUUAUAUAAAGGAUGGAUGUAUGAGGUGAGAGGCAAAGAUUGCAAGCCGUCCAAAUUAACCCAAGUCUGGCUGUUGCUGGUGAAAUUAUUCUCAGGUUGGCAUAAGCCCAUGCUCUACAGUUUCCAAGAAUUACUGCCACGAUUACCGUUACCGACAGUACCCGAUACAAUAAAAAGGUAUCUGAAGAGCAUACGACCGUUGCUCGAUGACGAAAAUUACGCUCGCAUGGAAAAGUUGGCCAGCGAGUUCCAGAAUGGCAUCGGAGUCAAGUUGCAACGUUACUUGGUCUUAAAAUCUUGGUGGGCUACCAACUAUGUGACUGAUUGGUGGGAAGAGUACGUCUAUUUGCGCGGAAGAUCACCCAUAAUAGUAAGCUCGAAUUACUAUGGAAUUCACAAUAGCUACUGGUUACCAACAAACUCGCAAGUCGCGCGAACCGCAGGUGCAAUAUGGUUCUGCUUACAAUAUAGACGUCUUAUCGAACGGCAAAAGUUAGCACCGAUUCUAGUCCAAGGAUUAGUACCAUUGUGUUCUUGGCAGUAUGAAAGAGUAUUCAACACUACACGAAUUCCAGGAAUUGAAUGUGACAAAAUCGUGCAUUAUCAAGAUGCUAAACAUAUUGUAGUAUAUCAUAAAGGCAAAUAUUUCAAAGUUUUAAUUUAUUAUCGAAAUAGAAUUCUUCAAGCCUGCGAGAUAGAACUUCAGAUUCAACAAAUUUUGGACGAUAAUUCAACACCGUCGGAAGGAGAGGAGAAAUUGGCUGCUUUAACAGCUGGCGAAAGAACUGCCUGGGCGCAGGCCAGGAAAGACUUCUUCGCGAAAGGUGUAAACAAGGCUUCUUUGGAUAUUAUUGAGAAGGCUGCAUUUGUGGUUGCAUUGGACGAUGUACCUUAUGAAUACGAUCCAAAGCAUCCAGAAAAGUUAGACAAUUGUGGUAGAAUCCUAUUACAUGGAAAAGGACAUGAUCGAUGGUUCGAUAAAUCUUUUAUGCUGUGCACUGGAAACAAUGGCAGAAUUGGCUUUAACGUAAAUCAUUCUUGGGCAGAUGCUACAAUCAUGGCACACGUGGGAGACUACAUAACAUGUUCGGAGUUUCUGAAUCAACAAUAUAAGGACGGGCAUAAUGUGGGUACUCCGGAAUUUACACCACCAGCUCCAACUCGAUUGCAAUGGAAUUUAAAUACCAAAUGUAUCGAAGCUAUUGAGCAAUCUUAUAAGGUAGCGUACAGUAUAUUAAAUGAUGUCGAAUUACGUGUUUAUCUGCACGAUGCUUAUGGUAAAGGUUUGAUAAAAGCUAAUUCCAUAUCACCAGAUGGUUAUAUACAAAUGGCAUUGCAAUUGGCAUAUUACCGCGAUGCUGGUAAAUUUGAUUUAACUUAUGAAGCUUCCAUAACGAGACUGUUCCGAAACGGUAGAACAGAAACGGUCAGAUCAUGCACUAUUGAAUCUUGUAGAUGGGUUAAGGCUAUGGAAGACAAAAUGAUAACGGUAAAGGAAAGAGUCAAAUUGUUAAUGGAUGCAGUAAAAAGACAUCAAAAAAAUUAUCUAGAUGCUAUGUGUGGUAAAGGAAUAGAUAGGCAUUUAUUCGGUUUAUAUGUAGUAUCCAAGUAUUUAGAAAUAGAUUCACCAUUUUUGAAGGAGGUUCUAAGUGAACCAUGGCUAUUGUCAACAUCACAAACGCCACAAGGCCUAAGUUUAUUAGUAGAUUUUAAAAAGCACCCUAACUGCCUUUCAUUUGGUGGUGGAUUUGGUCCUGCGACCGAUGAUGGUUAUGGCGUUUCUUAUACGGCUGCGGGAGAAGACCUUUUAUUUUUCCAUGUUUGUAGUAAACGAUCUUCGUCAAAAACGGAUGCCGCGAGAUUUGUGAAGCAAAUCGAAAAAGCACUUAGCGAUAUGAAAGAUUUGCUGGAACAAAACAAGAAAAUACAUCAGAGCGAAUCUGCAUAACUUAUUCAUUACCUGUAGCAGUCGUAUGAAAAAGUAAUUAAUUAUAAACUACGGAAUAAAGCGGAAUUUAUAACGUUAACUCUUUUGAUUUAUAGAAGGAUUUCAUAAUAAUGUAAACAUAACUUAAUGCUAAAAAUAUACCUCUAUUAAGCUGGACCUUCCACCAGCGAAAAUCGAGUUUGCAGGUCAAAAAUUUAGUGCUUUUUAGGUGCUAAUUUAGUACCCUAGUUCGGAUUUUGGCGCUCAAACCGUUUAGCAAUAAUUAAAAAAAAAAUCGGCGGGGUACAGCUUAAUGGCAAGUUGGACUCCCCAUAAUAAAAAAAAUGUAUAUACUGAUCACAAACACAAAACAAGUACACUAGAAUUUAGUGCUAAUUUAGCGCUCAAAGAAACUCCAAAAAUAAAUUAAAAAUAUAUAAUUGUUUAAAAAAAUAUCACUAUAUAUCUAGCGCAGCAUUGCGAUCUCAGAGAAUAAUACUUACAGACCAUCAAAUUUGUAUGUUUUUGGUAGUAAAAUAAUAUGGAAAACAAAUAAUAUAAAUAUAACAGGAUUCAAAGUUA